UGGAAGCAUAUAAUAUAGCAUUUUGACAUCUUAAGAAAUAAUAGACAUGUCAGAAAUAUGUUUGACAGAACCUUAAUUUUAUAAUCCAGCAACAAAAGUACCUUUAAGCAGAGGUCCUUUAGAUUUGAGAAUGGGUCUUUCAAUGCGAGAAAAUAAUCAAAAAUGUCAAACAUGUUAAAUGGAUAUGAUAGAUUGUCCUGGACAUUUUGGAUAUAUAAAGUUAGUAUUACCAAUAUUUCAUGUAGGCUUUUUUACUGAAAUAAUAAACAUUUUAUAAUGCAUAUGCAAAAAUUGUGGUGAAAUACUAUUAAACAUUGACGAAAAGUUAGCUUGUAAAAAGCGCAUGUAACGCGCUAUAAACGAGAAAAACUACUAACUACGAAUGCUGAUAUAUACAAAAAUGCGUAAAGAGUGUAAAAAAGGUGCUAAUUCACGUUGCCGUAUUUGUGAUUAUAAAAAUGGAAAUUUAAAAAAAAUGCCUAAAAUGCCCACAACAAUAUCUUUUUAAAACCACACUAAAAUGGAAUCUGAUUUCCGUGAAAUAAAAAAAUCAGAAAAUCUUUAAUAAGAAAACCUUCGUAAAAUCCUUGAUUAAAAAUAACUUAAAGACAUGAUUCAACUUUAUAAUCCCCUUUAAACUUUUAAUUUAUUUAAAAAAAUCGCCCAAUCAGAUGUCAUAUUAUUCAAUAUAGACCAAAAUCAUCCUAUAGACCUGAUCCUAACACACAUAAUAGUUCCCCCAUCAUGUAUCCGUCCUACAAUAAAAGAAGGCGAAUCAAAUGUCCGACAUGAUGAUUUAACAGUCAAAAUUAGAGAUUUUCUUGAAAGAAAUAAACGAAUUGCUUAAAUGAUAAACGAUGGAGAAGAUCCAUCUAAAAUAAAUCAAGAAUGGUUUUUAUUAUAAUGUUCACAUGCCCAUUAUUUAAAUGCCGAAACUCCAAAUUUACCAUUUAAAAUGGACAAAGAUUUCGGAAAAAAAGACAUUAGAGCCCUAGCUUAGAGACUCAAAGGAAAAAAAGGUAGAUUUAGAGGUAAUUUAUCUGGAAAAAGAUCUAAUUUUACUGGUAGAACAGUUAUUUCACCUGAUCCUAAUAUUCCUAUAGAUAAUGUUGUUAUUCCAGAAUAUAUGGCUAAAAUAUUAACUUUUCCGGAAACUGUGGCAUCUUAUAACAUCGAUAAACUUAAAAAAUUAGUCAUUAAUGGACCCGAUAAGUACCCUGGUGCUCAUUAUAUAAUUUCAAAGGAUACUUAGGAUAAAUUUAAUCUCUCAAUAGAUAAUAGGAGGAAAAAAGCAGACGAGUUAAAAAUCGGAGAUGUAGUCGAAAGACAUAUCUAAAACGGAGAAAUUGUGCUUUUUAAUAGACAACCUUCAUUACAUAGGAUAUCGAUUAUGGCUUUUAAAGCUAAUAUAUAGAAAUGGAAUACAUUGAGGUUUAAUGAAUGUUGUUGUGCACCUUUUAACGCCGAUUUCGAUGGAGAUGAAAUGAAUAUUCACGUUCCAUAGACUAUAGAAGCUCGAGCGGAAGCCUAAUAUUUACUAGAUGUAAAAUAAAACCUAAUAAGUCCUAAAAACGGAGAAACAAUAAUCGCUCUUGUGUAAGAUUUCCUAACUGCAUCAUAUUUAAUUACUCAUAAAGAUAUGUUUUUUGACAGAGCGGCUUUUUCCUAACUCUGUACUUAUUUUUCAGAUGGAAAUGAAUAAAUAUAAUUACCUCCUCCUGCAGUUAUUCUUCCAGUAGAAAUGUGGACUGGAAAAUAAGCAAUUGACGCAAUGUUAAUUCCAAAUAGAAAAAAUAAAAUAAUUGUUAAUUUAACUUUAAAAGAAAAAUGUUACAAUACCAAAAAAGACAGGGAAAUAAUGUGCCCAAAAGAUGGAUAUGUUGUAUUCUAAAAUUCAGAAUUGUUGUGUGGAAAUUUAGGAAAAACAACUCUCGGUUCUGGAAAUAAAAAUGGUCUUUUCUAUAGAUUAAGUAGGGAUAAUUCUUAAUAAAUAGCAGCUGCGGUAAUGACUAGAUUCGCCAAAUUAUCCGCAAGAUGGCUAAGUAAUUAUGGUAUGACUAUAGGUAUAAGUGAUGUUACUCCAUCUCCUUAAUUAAAUGAAUAAAAUGAAAAAUAAAAAGAUGAAGCGAUAUAGAAAUGUACUUAUGAAAGUAAAAAAUUUGAACGAGAAAUAAAUGCUUAAUAAAAAUUACAUACUACUUCAAAUACUAGUGAAAUAGCAGCUGAUAAAAAAAAACAAGUCGAAGCUUUUAUAUCUAAAACUCUUAAUUAAGUAAGAGAAGAUAUUGGUUCGAAUUGUAAUAAAGAGUUACCUCCUACUAAUGGUCCUUUAAUUAUGGCAACUUGCGGUUCUAAAGGUUCUGCAACAAAUCUUUCUUAAAUGAUUGGCUGUGUAGGUUAAUAAAUUAUAGGUGGUAAAAGAGUUCCUAAUGGUUUUACAGGCAGGACCUUACCUCAUUUCGCAAAAGACGAAAUCUUCCCUCACCCAGAGGCAAUGGGAUUUGUCAGAAAUUCAUUUUUUACUGGACUUUCGGCCCCAGAAUUUUUCUUCCAUACAAUGGCUGGUAGAGAAUCUUUAGUUGACACAGCUGUAAAAACAGCGGAUACAGGUUAUAUGUCGAGAAGAUUGGUUAAAAUGUUGGAAGAUCUCUCAAUUAAUUACGAUUUAACUGUUAGAACUUGUGAUAAAAAAGAAUUAAUUUAAUUUAGAUAUGGAGGAGAUGGAAUAUGUCCGUGGAUGUCUGAAGAAAAAGUAAGCGAUAAAAGCGUACCUGUGGAUUUAUAUACAGUUUUUAAAAAUGUAAAAAGCAUUAUUCCAAAUAGGGAUGGAUAAAAGAGUCUUUUGCCUUUUUAAAUUAUGAAAAUUACAUUAAAAUAAUUACAGAAUGUUAAAAUGGAUUAUAUUCCGGAAUUAAAAAUUAAUAAAAAUAAUUAAUUAUAAAUAAAUGAAAUAAAUAAUCAUCAUUAUUAAUCUGAUAAUAUACAUAUAUAAAAAUUACUUUCUGAUACUUAUAAAGAAGAUUCUUCAAGUAUUGUAAAAGAACCUCUUGAAUAUUUCAAAGAUAGUGUUUUUAAUUUUAUUAGAUAAAUAUGUCUAAAAAUCAUCAAAGUAAGAUAAUAAAUAGGACUGACAAGGGGAGAUGAUGAACUCACUAAUAAUGAAUCAAGUAUUCAUGUAGAUAACUCUAUUCACAUCACAGAAUAAUAACUAAUGUUUUUCUUUAAAUUAAUAUGGGAAAGAUACCCUUAAAUGCUUGUAGAACCCGGAGAGGCAGUCGGUGCUAUUGGAGCGACUUCGAUUUCUGAACCAGCAACAUAAAUGACAUUAAAAUCUUUUCAUUUUGCAGGUAUUGCUAGUAUGAAUAUUACAUAAGGAGUUCCUCGUAUGAAAGAAAUUAUCGACGCAGCCAAAAAUAUUAGUACUCCAGUAAUAGAUGUGAAGUUAUUACCUGAAUAUUAAACAGAUGAGUAUAAUUUUAGGUCGAUAAGAUUAUAAAUAGAAAAAACUUACUUAGGUGAAAUUUGUGAAUUUUAUAAAGAAGCUUAUUCACCAAAAGAUUGUCAUUUACACAUAUAAUUGAAUUAGUAAUAAUUAGAAAAAUAUAGGACUUUAGGAUUAUAAAUUCCUACAGAAAAUAUUAUAAAAGGAAUUCUGGAAACUGCUAAAGACAUAAAAAUGGAAUAAAUAGUGGAAGUAAAAGAAUAGGGAUCACAUUUUUCAACUGCUUUGAAAAUUUACCCAACAAACGAUUUGAAAAAAAAUGUUUUUUUUAAAAUUUAAAAUUGGAAAAAAAUACUUCCUACAGCUGUUGUUUCAGGAAUGAAAAAUGUUAAAAGAGUUAAUAUUUCAAAAGAUAAAAAAAAAAAUGAAUAACAUUAUAAAUUUGACCUUUUUGUAGAAGGAAAUGCCCUAAAAUAAAUUUUAAUGCUUGAAAAAGUAGAUUUUUCAUCAACUUCAACAGUAGAUAUUUAUGAAGUGUUUGAAGUCUUGGGAAUUGAAGCUGCAAGAAAAACUAUUAUUAAUGAAAUUACAAAAACUAUUAAAUCACAUUCUCUUAAUGUUGAUACUAGGCAUUUAGUUCUUGUGGCUGAUGUACUUACUUCGAAAGGAAGAUUAUAUGGAUCAACUAGACAAGGUAUUAAUUUUAUGAAAGACAGUACUCUUAUGUUAGCUUCUUUUGAAAAAACUACAGAAAUUCUUUAUAAUGCGGCUUUGUAGGGAAGGAAGGAUUUAUUAGAAGGAGUUUCAGAAAGGAUUAUUAUAGGAUAGAAUAUUCCAAUGGGAACUGGGACUUUUAAUGUUUUAUAUGGAAAUUAAAUAAAUAAAAAUUAGAAAGGAAAAUACUUAAUUAAAUCAAAACUAAAUUUUCAACCUUUAUUUAAUGAAAAAAAUUGA